GUGGUACGUGCCGGAUUCUGCGUCAUCCAUUGUUUACAAAUCAACCCUUGAGCUGUUUCUGUUGGGCAGCGUGGCGGACGCCGGCUAAACGGUCCCAUCUAUUUGAAUAAAAACAAACUUCAAGACUGGAUAUUUGUUAUCUGGAGCUAUAUUGAAAAUGCCCUGUCGAAAGGAGAACUAUAUCUUUUUGGAACAGUCGGUGACGGUGGAUUCUAAGGAAGUGGACGCGCUCGUGUCGAAAAUCGGCGAGGCGCUGCAGCUUCACAACAAUAGCUCGAGCCAGAAGGCGAUGUCACGUCUGCACGGUCUCGCGAACGGCAGACCUAACGUUAACGGCAACAACAGCAGCGGCAGCGGCGCGGCGGGCGCUCAGCGGUGCAUCCGUCUCCGCAGCCGGAGUUUACGCACCAGCCGGGCCAGUCCGUACAACCCGCCCGGAUCCAGCGAUCAGGAAUGGGACCAUUUCAGAUCCUCUUGGAACCGAAAGAAAAUCGACGAGGACGAUCCGCACCAGCUCCUCCAGGAACUCAUUUUGUCGGGGAACCUGAUCAAGGAGGCGGUCAGACGGCUUCAGUUUUCCUCGGAACCAACGGAGCACGACAUCUCCAAAUCUGUAGACUGACUCGGCGAGCCCGCGGAUGCAUGAACGUCCCGACGUUUUCCGAGCUCAUUGUCAUACGUCGGUUUUACUAACUUUGAUAUCACAACCUUUUUCUUUUUUUUUUCCUAUUGUAUAUCGCCGAGAUGGAAACGUUCUGUAUUUGGACUCUUUUGCGACGUGACCCUACCUUAUUCGCCCGUUUUUAAAUCUCAGUGUUUGGAUUGAAAUGCAAAUGUGAUGCGAAAAUCUAGUGGUCUAUAGCGAUGCAUUUUAUUAUAGCAUUAACCGGCCCCUGGUUGGUUUGUCCUAGAAUGGUGCAUCGUGUUUUGGUUUGCUGGAGUUCAGCACUGUGUGUCAGUAGCAAACAACUGCUCAACUGCUUUGUUUACAAUGUAGAUGCGCUCGGGCUGCUGGUCUGCAGUCCUCCUUUAGAUCAGGCAACGGGUCACACUUUUUGUUUACUCGUUUUGAAACUAUGUUUGGAUACCGAUACAUUGCUAUUUUGAUUUCAGACCGGCCCCGUGUGCGGGGUCCUUGUUCUCCGUUUCUUUGAUUUCCACGUGAGGAGCAGGCCAACACUCCUUCUCAAAGAGAAAACGAGAUCAAACUCACACGCGUGUGGGUAAAUGUGUUAUACACCGGGGGAUGUGAUCACAACACGAUGACACUGUGGUGCUUUUUGAUUCCAGUGUGGAGUUCUCAUUUAAUUUGUUUUGUUUUCACUCUGUGUAAACUCUGCGUAUGCUUCGCAACGAAGUGUUUUUAAAAACUCUGAUUGUCCAGAGAGUUUGGUGUCUAAUAAACAUGGUGUUUUUUUGCAUAA